CAGCGAAUACCAGUCCAGUCAUCCACAAAGGACACGAGAAAGCCAUCUCCUUUCUCAUCCGCAUCUCUUUUUCCUACCAUGCCCCUCAACAUCCACCUCCCCAAGGUGGACCCCACCGCCACCGGCAAACGCACCCCCAAGACGCCCCAGGACGAGGCCAUCGCCUUCUUCUCUGGCGAGCACGACGGCGAGCCUGUCCAGGUCUGGCAGCUCGCUCUGGAGGACGACGGAGGGCCCGGCCCAGGGAAGGAUUACAUCCGUCUUCCCCCGCCCACGCGGCCAUACAUCCUGCGCUUCUCGCUUGAGCCUGGGACCGACGUGACCAGGAAUGGUGUGCUGAGGACUGAUUUCCCGAUCGAUGGAGGUGCUUUCAAGCGUGACGACUUCAAGGAACGCGAGUUGCCUUCGGAUCUGAGCAAGCCUAUCGAGAUUGACCUCCCCAUCGCUGCCCCUGGUGCUUUCUGCUACUUUAUCGAGUACGACUCUCCUUCCGGUAAAGGACGCAUCCAAGGCCGUCGAGGGUACUUUAACGUCGACCCCAUCAUCAACCUCCCCGCCCGCACGCCCUUCUUCCCCGACGACUCUGUCACUACCAUAAACCCCCUCAAGGAUGAAUCCUCCGGGGCGAUCCUCCCGAAGAAUGCCACGCUCAAACUCGACAGCUUGAUCAUUAUCUCUGUGCUUGCCAAGUGGAUGGGCAAGACGGACGAGUGGGAACCGUUCUUUGCCGAGGCGAGUCGACGAGGGUACAAUAUGCUUCACUGGGCGCCUCUCCAGCAGCGAGGUAUCUCUGGAAGUCCAUACUCUAUCAAAGACCAGUUGACAUUCGACCCCGAAAUCUUGAAGAACCCGGAAGCCAAAGACGGAGGAUUGGAAGAGAUUGAAAAGGUUCUGGCGUUUGCGAAAGAGCAGUAUGGGCUGGGAGGUGUUACGGAUGUGGUGCUGAACCACAUGGCGUACGACUCGCCUUGGCUUGAGCAGCAUCCCGAGGCUGCCUACUCUCCUUACAAUACUCCCCAUCUCGCCCCCGCCGUCGAGCUCGAAAACGCCCUCCUCGACCUCUCCGCCCGCCUCCCCUCCCUCUCGGCCCCAUCUACCAUCAACUCUGAAUCCGACCUCCAAGCGCUCAUCCCCCAUAUCAAAGCUGCUAUCGACAGCGCCAAGAUCUGGGAAUUCUACGUUUUUGACGUGCAGGCGGAAGUGCGGGCUGUAGCAGAGGCGCUCUUGAACGACAAGAGUGACAAGUGGGACGGUGCAGAGGUGCAAGGCAAGGGAUAUGAAGAGCUUGCCGAGGUCGUCAAGUCUUCCAACAUCAUCGACAACUACCGUGCUUACUCGGGCCGGUUCAUCACCUCUGUCAAGCCUGCUACCGCUGCUGGCUUUAUCCAAGCUGCCUACCCCGAGGCUUCUCCAGAGAACCAAGCGAGCAAGUGGGGAAAAGUGUUGGAUGUGUUGAAUGUGGACUUGUACAAUGAGAGCAAUGAAGAUGUUGAGGCUGCUAUUGAGGGUGUUGUGGGUCGCUUGAGGUUUACGAGGUUGGAAGAGGGUGGUCCCAAGCUUGGCGAGAUUACUCGAGACAAACCCCUCCUUGAGCGCUACUUUACCCACCUCCCCGACAACAAGACCACCUCCAAACACCCCGAAUCCGCGCGCUACAUUGCCAACAACGGCUGGAUGUGGGCCGCCGACCCGCUCAAAAACUUUGCAGAGUACCCCUCCAAAGCCUACCUCCGCCGCCAAGUCAUCGUCUGGGACGACUGUGUCAAACUGCGAUACGGCACCCAGCCUUCCGAUAACCCCUGGCUUUGGGAACACAUGAUCAAGUAUGCAGAGUUGUUGGCGGGCAUCUUUGAUGGGUUUAGGUUGGAUAAUUGUCAUUCGACGCCGAUUGAGGUGGGGAAAGCGGUGAUCGAUGCGGGGAGGAGGGUGAAUCCGAAUUUGUAUGUGAUGGCGGAGCUGUUUACGGGGAGUCAGGAGAUGGAUUUGAAGUUUGUGAGAGAGUUGGGGAUUAAUAGUCUGGUGAGGGAGGCGUAUAACGGGGAUAGCGUCAAGAACUUUGCCGAUCUCCUUUGGAGGUUUGGCCUCGGCAAGCCGGUGGGUUCUAUGGACGUCGCAUGCCUCACCUCUUCUGGCGAGAUCAACCCGUCCCUUCCCUCCAGCUCUUCCACCACCCCCCGCGCUGCUCUAGUCACCCCUCUCCAGGGCUCCGCCCCCCACGCAGUCUUCUACGACCUCACGCACGACAACCAAUCCCCCGCCGACAAACGUACCGCCGCCGACGCCCUCUCCACCGGCGCGCUCGUCACUUUCUGCGCCUCCGCUCUCGGGUCCAACAAGGGCUUUGACGACCUCUAUCCCAAACUCCUCGACUUGGUCACGGAUAACCGCAAGUACGAAGUUGUCAGCAAGGAGCAAGAGAGGGAAGCUGGUAUCGGCGGGGUGAAGCGGGUGUUGAAUGCGCUGCAUGUGGAGAUGAUGGAAGGUGGAUUUACGGAGGGACACGUCCAUGAAGAAGGACAGUACCUCAUGAUCCACCGCGUCCACCCCAUCACGCACAAGGGAUACAUGCUCGUUGCGCACACUGCGUACAAGGGCUUUGAGGGGCGUGGUUGGGUCAAGCCGAUCCGUCUUGGUCGGACUUCGAUAUCGUACCUCUUUGGUGCUGGGAUCGAGACAAGUAUUGACCAGUGGUCCGACGACCCUUCCACGCAUAGAGGUAUACCCUCCAAGCUUGUGGAUAUUGCCGAGCCCGAGAUCAAGCAUGGGGAAGAGAAUGGCGAGGCGUAUCAGGAAGUCGUCGUGCCGGAAAACUUUGCGCCGGGAAGCAUUUUGGUAUUUGGCACCCAGAUGAGCGAGAUUUCGGCAGACUUGGACGCGUUCUGUAAGGAAGGGGCGGGGGAGGCUAUGAAGGGAUUGGACUUGGUUGAUUUGAAUGUGGUUUUGCACCGAGCAGACGGAGAAGAGAAGGAUGCCACUGGCGGCGACGGUGUAUACACUAUUCCCGAUUACGGCGCUCUCACGUUCUGCGGCCUCGAAGGCUGGAUGCACCCUCUGCGCACCAUCACCAAGACCAACGACCUCGGCCACCCUCUCUGCCAGCAUCUUCGCGAAGGCACUUGGGCUUUCGACUAUGUCGUUAACCGACUCCAAAACCAGACCGACGACCUCCCCCACCUCUCUGCACCCGCAGCGUGGUUUGCCUCUCGCUUUCAUCAGAUCAAGGCCACCGCCCCUUCCUUUAUGCGCCCGAAAUACUUUUCCCUCGUCAUUCUCGAAGCGUACAAGGCCGCUCGAAAGGCCGUCAUUGAACAGUCAUCCGAGUUUGUGGCUUCGGGGCAUUCGUUGACGCAUGAUUUGGCGAUGGUGUCGGUGCAAAUGUAUGGGCUUGUCAAGAGCGCGAGUAUAGAGCCUGGAAGGGCGGUGCCGAGUUUGGCCGCUGGAUUGCCUCACUUUACUGCUGGUUGGGCUAGAUGCUGGGGUCGAGAUGUCUUUAUCUCGCUCCGAGGCUUGUUCCUUACGACUGGCAACUUUGAAGCCGCCAAGGCGCACAUCAAGUCUUUCGGAAGCACCCUCAAGCACGGUCUCAUCCCCAACCUCCUCGACUCUACCCGUAACCCCCGAUACAACUGCCGAGACGGUCCUUGGUGGUUUAUCCAAAACAUCCAAGACUAUACCGACCUCGCGCCGAACGGUCUUUCCAUUUUGGAGGAAAAGGUCAAGAGGCGGUUCCCCGCGGACGAUACGUGGGUGGCAUGGGACAGCCCGAGGGCGUACGAAUGGGAGAGCACUGUGGCCGAGUUGGUACAGGAGAUUUUGCAGAGGCAUGCCGAAGGGAUCGAGUUCCGAGAGUACAACGCCGGUCCCAACCUCGAUAUGGACAUGGAUGACCGAGGCUUUGACCAGAAGAUUUGGGUCGACUGGAGCAACGGUUUCAUCUUUGGCGGUAACCGAUACAACUGUGGUACUUGGAUGGACAAGAAUGGUUCUUCCGCCAAAGCUGGCAACAAGGGGCUCCCGGCUACUCCUCGAGACGGUUCUCCGAUCGAGAUCACGGGUCUGUUGAAGAGUACUUUGAAUUGGGUUGGCAAGCUCAGCGAGGAGGGCAAGUGGCCGGCCAAGGGUGUCAAUGCGACUGUCAAGGGCGAGAGGCGACUUGUCACCUACAAGGAAUGGGCCGACCUUCUCCAAGCCAACUUCGAAAAGCACUAUUACGUUCCCAGCGACGCUUCCGAGGACGACAAGUAUGUCAUCAACAAGAGCCUCGUCAACCGCCGAGGUAUCUACAAGGACGUCUAUGGCACCCCUGGUGAUAGGGAAUGGAGUGAUUACCAAUUCCGAAGCAACUUUACCCUUCCAAUGGUCGUCGCACCCGAGCUCUUCACUCCCUCCAAGGCUCUCGACGCUCUUCGCGUUGCCGAUGCUGUUCUCCGCGGCCCCUUGGGUAUGAAGACUCUCGACCCCGCCGACCAGCAAUACCGAGGCUACUAUGACAAUUCAAACGACUCGGACGACAAGGCUAUCGCCAAGGGCUGGAACGUGGGUCUUUUUCUAUACCCUUUUAUUAUCAGUAGCUGAUGUGCUAUGCUAUAGUACCACCAAGGGCCCGAAUGGGGUUUCCCUCUCGGUUGGUUCCUCAUGGCUUACCUCGAGUUUGACCAGCGCGCCGGGGAAGGCAAGGAGGAUUCUACCAAGACCCUUCAUUACAUCUCGAGCAUCCUGAGAAAGUUGUCGCACCAUAUUGAAAAUGACCCUUGGAGAGGUCUGCCCGAGCUUACCAACCAAGACGGUCAAUACUGCUAUGACUCUUGCAACACUCAAGCCUGGAGUGCGAGUACCAUCCUCGAUGUCUUGCAGCUAAUGCACAAGGUGGGGAAGAAGGAUUAAGGUAUGGAAGAAAAAAGAAGGUUUCGACUUGUAUCUUCACCAUGGACUUGUUAAGUUAUACAGAACGUAAAAAUCUUUGUCGUAUAGAUAUUCAUCAAGAGAUCUGUUGCAUUUGCUUGUGUCUAUGGUUGAAAGGCGUGUAAGCUUGCAUUGUCCGUUUGGUAUCCCCUCAUCCCGACAGUAACAUCUGCUGCACUGACACGAAGGCCGCUGUCCAUCUCUCGUCAAGCGCUAUCGAUGACGAGCGUCGUCACCCGUCAGUAUGCCGAUGAUCCAUAAAUCCGAC